GCAGCAGUCAGCAGGCUGGCUUUCGCAAAAAGACCAUGUGAUGGAAGUGGCUUCCUCAGGCGUCUCAGAUGCCAGCUCCAGCCAUAUAGCUCGUUGGGUGUCCUCUGAGGAGUCAGGUGAGGAAGGUGCUGCCUUCGAUUCCACCGAGACGGAGGAGUUGCCAAGAGGUCCCUGGCUGGUGCCACCGUUGCCAGCUCUUGGACGGCCAUCGCCUCAUGCGCCCGCCGGCGGCUUUCGCCUCUGCACCGCUGCGGAGUUUCACAACCUCCAGCUGGCUGCGAAGCGGGUGCUCGCAGAGCCCACCAAGCCCAAGGCCAAGGCCGCGCCAGAGUCGCAGACUUGGCUCGGAGAACAGCUUUCUCUUUCGGCGCCAUUGGAAGAGGAGCCGCAGAAGGAUACUUUCUCGCCAAGCCAGGUGCGGCGUGGUGUCAUCGGGUCUUGGCUUCGAAGGCACCCCAUCCUCGGCGCAGCCCUAGGCAGCCCUGACCGUGCGAAUGUGGCACCGGAGGCGGAGUAUCCAGCGCCAGAAACUGCCACGGUGGCAGGGUCGGCUCCAUCAGAGGCGCCCUGCGACGAGGAGACCAGCCGCGGCCUGGGCCGAGAUCAUGAGAUCCUGCAGCUUUUGAGGCAGCUUUUGGAGGGACAAAGAGAGGCCCGCCAAGCUGCUGCUCCAGCGCAGGUGAAGCCGGAAGUGAAAGACCAAGCAAACCAAGCAUCGGACAAGGCGCAGGCCAGAGAGCAUCAACUGGUCACUGGCUCCUUGGUGGCCUUGGGCGUGAAGGACCUGCGCAUCUUGAUGCUUCAUUGCUUCCUGGCCUGGCGGGCCGAGCGAAAACCGAAGCGAACACAGGAGCCACCACGCUUGCAAGACGCCAUAGCGCAGGUGUCCGAGGAUGACAGGCUGGCGCUUCAGCACACGGAUCAGCAGGUCCCGCGCGUAUUUGCAGGAGCCGGCUCUGUGCCCCCGGUGCUUCCCAACCAUGCCAUCCGGGCUCUUCUGGGUGAGGAGGUGUUCCUAGAAGCCGACGGCUCGCUGCGGGGGGCUUCCUUGUGGCUGUCCAUGCGGCCUCCAAAGGCCACGCGGCAAUUCCUGAAGACCUUUGAUCUGUGCCUUCCUUGGAGACAGGUGGAGGAGGAGUUCAGACAGCCGAGCUCGCACUGUGCAGCCAUGCGCUGGGUGCUCUUGCUCCUGGCGUUCUCGUCUGCAGCGGCAGAUGAGCACAUUGUGCUGAAGCCAAAGGGCACUGGCCAGCAAAAGAUGCUGGUCUUCAUCCCUGGUGGCAAGGUGCCGAACCACCACUACCAGCUGACUGGGCAGGCGAUCCAGGACGCGAUGUCGGAGCAAGGCAUCAACCUGUGGGUGGUGAUUCCGACAGUGUUCCAGAACUUGUGCAUCAUCAGCUGCUCCACCACCUUCCUUUGCGCGCCCUUGCACAACACUGUGAAGGGGGCGGUGUCCCAAGCGGAAGCGCAGGGCUGGAUUUCUAACUCCAGCGAGACCUGGUUGGCUGGACAUAGCCUCGGGGCCACCUGCGCCAACACCCUCUUCCAGGCCUACAGUUCAGCUUACUCUGGCCUCAUCGUCAUGGGUGGCUACGUGGAUGAGACGGGAGACCACGAUUUGCUGCACUACCCAGUGCCCGUCCUCACGCUGAACGUGGAGCUGGACGGCGGCCUCGCGCGCCCUGGGAAGAUCUCCACCUGGUGGCGCCAGUUCCUCACGCUGCGCCACGGCUUCCUGAGCGCAGUUUGCCAAGGGAUGUUAUAG